AUGGCGAAUGAAUUUAACUUAUCAGGAAUCAUCUUUAUGAAUGAAUCGGUCCCAUCCAUUAAAGAUGCAAGUCUGCGUGAAGCGUACCCGCGUCUGGCGGCGGAGCUGCUGCAGCAGCCUGGCGGUCGGGCGGUGCGUCUGCAGCCGGGCACGCCGUGUGACAACUACCGUGGCUACUGCGACGUCUUCUUCGUCUGUCGCUCCGUCGAGGUUCAGGGGCCGCUCGCUCGUCUCCACAAACUCCUCUUCUCUCCGCAGAUGCUCAGGAAGGUCAAGACGUGGAUCACUGUACAUUGGUGGGCAAUGCUGCUGAUAAGUUUCGCAUCAGUAGCAUCGAUGAUAAUCUUCAUGCGUUUGUGCAGCUAUCGGACACCGUCGUCGCGCGCCUACUACCUCCGAGGCGUGCCCCUCGGCCACCCACUGCCGCCCCGAGUCCCGCCCUCGCGCCCCCCCGAGCGACCGCGCCCGAGUGCCGUGGGUUACCAGGGCCUGCCCAGGGAGCACUUCGUUCCGUCCUUUCGGCUUAAACGCCAGCGGGUGAUUGAUCCAGUCAAUGGCGUGGAAAGACACGUCUCCGAGCUCAUUCCCGCCUCCUCAGUACCGGUGCCCUACCAUCGAAACCGUGGCGUCAACCGAACCCAGGCUAACCAAAGAAGCCACCCGAAACCUCGUCCAGUGAGCGUGGUCGUUUACCCCCAGCCUGUAUUGCCCUCGCAUGUCCGCGAGUUGCGGUCCCAGGGGCCACGGGAUCCUCCACACCAACGGCCCCCGCCGGCGCGACGAGGAAACAAGUCUCAUCGCCCAGUUUCUUUCAUUGUUGUAAGCACCUCUGCAGGUGAAAAUGAUGUCCCCGACGACCUACCUCCUCCCGAACACGGCAGCCCUCCCCCUGUCUACAGUCCGCGAAGGUGA